AUGGCGGCGCCCGUGAAGCGCUGGUCCUGUGUUGGAAAGCGUUGGGUUUUAGCCUACAUUGACGGCGGUUCUCGCCACGGAAGAGGGGCUGCGAUUGGGUUCACGUCCAGGAGGAAAAGGGGACAGAGCUCCGUGGCUCAGCAGCCCCUCAUCACCGCCCAGAAGUCAAGGAAAGGCGAACACGAGUGGGAAGCUGUGGUAGGUUUGGAAAUUCAUGCCCAGAUCUCUUCCAACUCUAAACUCUUCUCUGGAUCUCAAGUCCACUUUGCAGCACCUCCAAAUUCUUUGGUAUCUUUUUUUGAUGCAUCUCUGCCUGGAACUCUGCCGGUUCUCAACAGGAGGUGCGUAGAAGCAGCCGUGAUGACAGGCCUGGCCCUGAACUGCCGCAUCAACAAGAAGUCCUUGUUUGACAGGAAGCACUACUUCUAUGCGGACCUCCCUGCAGGCUACCAAAUUACCCAGCAAAGACUCCCGAUUGCUGUGAAUGGCAGCUUAGCGUACAGUGUCUGUGUGGGGAAGAAGCCGAGUCAGGUGAGCACCAAGACCGUGAGGAUCAAGCAGAUCCAGCUGGAGCAAGACAGUGGCAAAAGCCUCCAUGAUGAGCCGCGGUCUCAGACGCUCAUCGAUUUGAACAGGGCAGGAGUUGGCCUUCUGGAAGUGGUGCUGGAGCCGGACAUGUCCUGUGGAGAAGAGGCAGCAUCAGCCGUCAGGGAGCUGCAGUUGAUACUUCAAGCCCUGGGGACCAGCCAGGCAAAUAUGGCAGAGGGCCAGUUGAGAGUGGAUGCCAAUAUAUCUGUGCAUCAUCCUGGAGAGCCUUUGGGUGUUCGAACUGAAGUGAAGAAUCUCAAUAGUGCCAGGUUCUUGGCCAAAGCAAUAGACUUUGAAAUUGAGAGACAAAUCCACGAACUUGAGAAUGGACGUAAAAUUCUGAAUGAAACGCGCUCGUUUGACUACAAGCUGGGGUGCACCAUGCCGAUGAGAGACAAAGAAGGAAAACAAGACUACAGGUUUAUGCCCGAACCCAACCUGCCUCCCCUCCUGCUCCAUGACACCGCGUCUCUGCCUCCCGGUGCAGACCCACAGCAAGUGAUCAACAUUGACUGGAUUCGGGAGCGGCUCCCUGAGCUGCCCAGUGAGACCCGGGAGAAGCUCAUUCAACAGUAUGGGAUGCUGCCGGAACACAGCUUCGCCUUACUGAAUGAAGUUGGCCUACUGGAGUUCUUCCAAAAUGUGAUAAAAGAAACUAGGGCAGAGCCAAAAAAAGUAACUAGUUGGGUCCUCAACAUUUUUCUGGGUUUUUUAAAGCAACAGAACCUUACUGUCAAUGAGAGUCCUGUCACACCUUCUGCGCUGGCUGAGCUGCUCAACCUGCUGGACAGAAAAGCCAUCUCUUCAUCAGCAGCUAAACAGGUGUUUGAGGAAUUGUGGCGGAGUAAAGGGAAGACUCCAUCGCAGAUUGUUUCAGAAAAGAAGCUUGAACUGAUGCAGGAUCAAGAGGCGCUGGAACGGGUCUGCCACACCGUGAUGGAGGGGCAUCCUCAAGUGGUAAUGGACGUGAAGAGGGGAAACCCCAGAGCUAUAAACAAACUGAUGGGGUUGGUCCGAAAAGCAACUCUCAGCCGAGCAGACCCGACUGUGAUAAAGAAGAUCCUGGAGAGGAAGCUGUCGUCAUGAGCCGUUCGGGGUCCCUCUGUGCCCGAGGGAGAGCAGAGUGGCCUCGACUGAGAACAGGAGCCCGUGACGCGUGCCAUCCGGGGGCUCCCAGGCCCUGGCCCCAGCUACAGCCCCGGGAUGCCACCUACACAGACAGACCAGCCCCGACAGCCCGGCUGCCUCACUGACUUUGAGAUGGUUCCAGAUGCAGUGGUGGGGAAGAAAUAGCACAGUUCCAGUGCUCAGUGAUUCAGGACUGAGACCCUGUUUCAAAUGCUGUCACCGUUCUGAGAAAACUUUUCAUUCUUUGGGAUGCAGUACUUUAGACCUGAAAGUAGAUGAGUGGAGCUAAAAACCACCACAGAAUCGACACGUUGUAAACAGGAGGCCUCGUGCGGAUGGGAAGGAGGGUGUUAGUCUUACUAGCAUUCCCUCAUCCAUGGACUAAAGGUGUCUUUGCCUGUUCAGCUCCCUAGGGAUCCCGGAAGGUAGAGGUCUGAGAAUUAAAUGAAAAAUUUUUUGUUAAAAAUACACACACACACACAAACAGAAGUUUUCAAAUAAAUUUAAUGAAUAAAAUAUAUAGUGAACUAUCACAUAAAAAAUUAACUUACACUUCAAAGAUUGUGCAGUUGACAACUCCCUCCCCCCCCCCACCCCCCUCCCCAGGCCAAAGAAAGAUAAGCCGUAACAUUAAAUUGAUUUGUUCUGCCUGGGAAGAAUAAGAUGAUAAACUAGAACAUCAGAAUCUUGACCUUUAACAGUAAUUGUGGUACAGUUAACAACACCCUCGUGAAGGCUGGGCUGGCUUGGCCCCUACACUCGGGAUGGGAAUGCCAUUGCUCUCUCCUGCACCCAGCGUGCACCGCGUGCCGCUGUUCCCUCUGACUCGCCACACUUAACGACCGGUUUCAAGGCUGCUUCUUCUGAAGAGUACAUGUCAAACUGUGGCAUCAGGAGAAGAAGAGACUCUGCAGUCUCAGAUGUUACACAGAAUUGCCAAGCCUACCCAGGAGAGUCCGAGCACUUCCCUCACGAUGCUGCCGUG